UUGUUUUAGUUUAGUUUUCAAUUGAAGAGAAUCGGUUAUCGGAAUAGGAAAGCACAAUGAAGUCGAUUGCUGUGAUAAGUUUUCUGUUCUAUUUGUUUACCAAUACUUCAGCCCAGAGAGGUGUGUACAUUGAUACAAUCGCCUCCUCGUUAAAUUUUCUUAAUUACAUUUCUGUUACGUCUAAAGCAACGGUUGUAAAGUGCAACGGUAAAUCGAAUGCAAAACUGAUAUCACUUACGAAUCCUGCUCACAACCAGCAAUUGUGUGAGUACACAAUUCGAGCCUACAAUACGAGAGUCUGUCAGCUCCGAGUUGACUUUCACUAUUUCAACGUGGGCCAGCCAAGCAUAACCCCGGAACGACCAUACGCUCACUGUUCAGACGACCGACUAAUAAUCAAUGGCAUUCCAUUCGACUUUUGUGGAACGAUCAAUCAAAAUCAUGUGUACGUACCAUUCGACGUUCAAAAGUCGUCGGAUGAAGUCAAGCUAACAAUCAAACUUGGUACAAACUCACUGGCUCAGUGGUACAUAACAGUGAACCAAAUUGAGUGUAGUGAAAAAGCUACAACAGUGAAACCGGACGAAAGGCAGGCACCCCCUGGCUGUCUCCAAUACUUUUAUGAGAGCUUCGGUUUGGUGCAAUCUUUCAAUUAUGGUGGAGACUACUAUGGUGACACCAAAUACGCCAUUUGCUUCAAUCGAGGAAAGAAAGUCGACGCGAAUCUGGUAUUGAACGAUAUUUCAUUUCAAAUGGACGUCGGUGAUAAUACUGCACCUGGAUAUGAUUCGAAAUGUCUGCCUCUCACAAAUCCCGGUGGCUUAACAGAGGAUUAUAUCAUGAUACCGAAGGCUAUUGUAACUGGAACACAAGAACGAGCUACAAUAUUCUGCUCGAAUACGAUAACGGGACAGGAAAUAAUUUCCACCGCACGCGGACCAUUGGUAAUAGAAGUCAAUACUGAUACCAAGACAACCCCAAAUAUGGAGACGGGUUUCAGAUUCCGCUACAGAAUAGUUUAAAUGUCAAUAAAAGAAGAUAAAAUACG